AUGGGGUGGGCAUACGAAAACCCACAGAGUCGGUGGGCCGGUCCAGCACUGUCACUGAAGAAGCCCGGCUCUGAGGAAUAUCGACAGACAAGUGACUACCGUGCAGUGAAUGCUGAAACCGAAACCGCAACAGGUGUGAUGCCAAUUCUUCGCUUCAUCACGAAGCACACGUACAUACGCAAGAUCGAAGAUGGAGCGCCUGGAUUGCUUGACCAGGACGCCCGUCAACCCUCACGCAAGACCAACUGCUGA